AUGUCAAGAGAAGAGUCAAAUAAGGCUGCAAUUAACGCAGAAAAUGGAGAAGUAGAUGAAGAGUUUAAUGAUGCUGAUUCCGAAUUAUUGCCACCUUCUGAAAAGCAAGAUUCUGUGGACAAAGACGAUGGUCAAGUCGCCGAUACAGCUACGGGGCCUUCGCUACACGAACUCCCCAACUUAACAAGAAAAGAUAAAACUCUUCAAGAAAUGCUUGAGCUAAUGGCUGGCGAUUUUCUGCCAAUUAUUCCAGAUGCCGUGACUGACUACUAUCUAGCGAGAAGUGGAUUCGAAACAGCCGACGUGAGGGUCAAAAGGCUCUUAGCUCUUGCCACCCAAAAGUUUGUGUCAGACAUUGCUCAAGAUGCCUAUGAAUAUUCCAGAAUCAGGAGCUCCUCUGCCGUCUACAACUCCGCUAAUCCCCAAGUCAGAGCUAAACAGCUUCUACAGGGCCAACAGUUUGCGAACCAGCAGAAUAGCGGAGCAGGUGGUGGUGUUGACAACGCCUCCGAGCAACAGCAACCCCAACUGCACUUUAAUGCUGGUCACCAACAAGGCAAAAUUGUUCUUACAAUGGAAGACUUGAGCAAUGCUCUCAGUGAAUAUGGUGUUAAUGCCUCUAAACCAGAUUUCUAUCGAUAA